AUGACCUGGGAGCACUACAUGGGUGCCCCGGCCUCGCCAGAGGUGGAGAUCGACAGUGUUUUAAAUAAGGAUUGGGGGCAAAAUCUACCCCAACCCUCACUUCGAUCCGGCCACGCGCGGGAGGGAAAUUUCCCGUCCCCAACCUCCUCCCGCACCUCCCCCGAGCCGCUGCCGGCCGCCGCCGGCAGCAUCUCGGGUCACCGCCGCCGUCCCGCCCCCGCGGCGACCCAAGCCCAUCUCCAGCUCCGAUGGCCCGCACGAAGUAGACCGCAAACGGCGCGCAAGUCCACCGGUGGCAAGGCGCCAAGGAAGCAUCUGGCGACCAAGGCGGCGCGCAAGUCGGCCCCGGCCACCGGUGGCGUGAAGAAGCCCCACCGCUUCCGCCCCGGCACCGUCGCACUCUGUGAGAUCCGCAAGUACCAGAAGAGCACGGAGCUGCUCAUCCGCAAGCUCCCCUUUCAGCGCCUGGUGAGGGAGAUCACGCAUGACUUCAAGAGCGACCUCCAUUUCCAGUCCUCCACCGUCUCCGCCCUGCAGGAGGCUGCCGAGUCCUACCUCGUCGGGCUGUUCAAGGACACCAACCUCUACGCCAUCCACGCCAAGCGCGUCACCAUCAUGCCCAAGGACAUCCAGCUCGCACGCCGCAUCCGAAGGGAGCGCGCCUUGGUUCUUGGUCGCCGUCGGUGA